CUCGUUCACGCUGCCCUUGUGCGGCGUGAUCAUCGCGUCGCACGGGUGGGCAGCGGCCUUCUACGUGACUGGCGCGCUAUCCCUUGUCUGGUGCACCUUCUGGUUCGCCUUCAUGCAUGACUCCCCCAGGCAACAUCCCAGGAUCACGCCAGAAGAGUUGAAGUACAUCGAGGAAACGCUACAGAGGUCUGGCACGAACACCAGCCGAUCAGUGAAGCUUCCCCUGAAAAGCAUCCUGAGAAGUAUGCCUGUGUGGGCGAUCAUCGUAGCCAGCGCCGGCAACACCUGGGGCCUCACAGUGUUCCUCGCCAAGCUGCCCACAUACAUGAAGAACAUCCUAGGGUUUACCAUAACAGAGAAUGGGUUCCUGUCGGCCCUCCCGUUCCUACUGCGGUACAUGGGGGCCAUCAUAUGGAGCUCUCUCGGGGACUGGCUGACCAAACGUGGCUUCCUGUCCAUCUGUGCUUCGCGGAGAAUAUUUAGCGCUAUUG